CUGAAAAUGUCAAAAUACAAAGUCAAACACAAACGCAUUCGUUCGGUUCAUUCGCAGAAUUAGCUGGUGAUUUUGUGUAAAAAUUCGGUAUUUUUCUCGUUUAAUUAACAGAUUUUGCACGAAAGUUAUGAAAAUUAGCACUCUUAUCUGAAUGUUUCAAUUUUAGGUUAUGUUAUUGCCGCUUUCGUAAAACUGGUUUUGAAAUAAAACAACCGAAUCCGCAGCGCAAGAUGAGCCAACUCGAACGCUCGCUUCUGCUCCUAGACGAAUCCGUUGUUAAGUCCAAACGGGGCCUCCUGCGCGCCAAGGAUCGUGGUGAGCUGAGAAGUCCCCACCAAUCGCUGCUGCUCGGCACUGGGCCAGAUGACACGGCCAACACUGAGUUUGAUGUUUCGUUGACGGUGGGCCCGCAGGAGAUUCGCAGCUUUUUGUUCGACAACCGGGAGAAUGACAUUUCGGCAAGCCGGCUGAGUUUGGCCGGAAGCCAGAUUAGUACGACGGGGUUGAAUGUGCGGCACCGGACCGAUGCGUUGUUCGGGCAGUUUUUGAAAGUGCUGCAAAGACGAAACAGCGAAGCGGAGGUUUUUGAAACGGUGGAGGAUUUGAUCGAGACGCUGGAUGAGGUUUUGAAUGGAAUCGACAAAAUGAUGACGCAGAAUGCAGCUGCGUUUGGAAAGGAGAGGAAGGUUUUGGCCGACGAAGCAUGGUUGAAUGUUGAGCGAGACACCUGGAAGUUGCUGUUUGCGUUGUACAAAGAUCGGCUGGUGGUGCAGAAGGAAGAUGCCGAGAUGGAUGACUUGCCUCUGGUGAACAGCGAGAAAGCCAUCGUGGAGCACUUGUAUGCAGCGAAUGCCAAUCUGAGGGAAUACCAGCUGAUAGUGGAUUGGCUGGAACAAACCGCACUGGAGCAGAAUCGGAUGCAGAUUGGACAUUUCACGGAUCGGACCAUUGCUUGGGAGAACACGCUUCAUCAGUUGCAAAACGUUGGAUUGACCGCUUUCGGAAGCACCAGGGAGAUUGUGAAGAGUUUAGAUCCGGAUGCACCGGUCCGGGAGCGUCGUCCUCUGCACGAUUUGGACGUUGAGGACCAGGCCCGUCUUUCGCGGCAAAUCUUCCAAGAGGUCCGGUUCGGAAGGAUCGAGGAAGCGCAGAAUUUGUGCGAGCACUGUGGCCAACCGUGGAAGGCCGCCAUUCUGGAGGGAUGGAGAUUGCAUCACGAUCCGAAUUAUGAACCGGCGGCUGCCACAUCCGGAAGGGCUUUGACGGUGGGCGUGAAGCAAGCCAUCGAAGGUAAUCCGCGACGCGAUUUGUGGAAGAAGUUCGCCUGGAAGAUGGCCGAGAGCCGAGCGGUGGACGAAUACACUCGGGCCACCAUUGGAUCGUUCUGUGGCAACCUGGAUGCGCUGUUGGGCAUUUUAGGCGAACAUAAUUGGACGGAUGUGCUGUGGGCAUACUUGAAGACACAAAUCGACAUUCGCGUCGAGAGCGAGAUUCGAUCGCACUGCGUCAAAAGUUACCUUCCGAUGCCGGAGAAGUACUGGAACAGCAAGAUGUCCCUGGAGCAAAUCUUUGAGGAGCUGGAGGCGCACAAAAAUAUCCGCAUCAAAACAUCCGCCCGGGACGUAGAUCGCGUCAUCCAGAAGUAUCUCAUCCUGGACGACAUUCCGGAACUGAUGCGUCAGAUUGACGGCUGGCUUUCGGAUAGUUCAUUCCCGCUGACGGCGCAGAUGCUUCGUUUCCUGACGCAUCUGGUACUGUUUAUUCGUCAGAUUGGCAAACAAUGUCAGGAAGACAUCGGCGAUAAGGUCAUCAAACGGUACGUGGAAUGUUUGAUCAAACACGGUGACGCACAGCUGGUUGCUUUCUACACGGCUGCUCUGCCCGCGGAUUUACAACUGUUGAUGUAUUCGAGCUUCCUGGAAACGGUCACCGAAACCCAGGCAAGGAAAAGGGUCCUGGAAGAGGCGUACAACUUUGGGCUGGACGUUCCGGCCAUUACGGUUUACACAGUGGAGAAGAUUCGAAACCGCGAGGACGCAUCCGAUGUCAAACCGCAGGAAGGAGACAUCACACCUCUGGAUCAGGCUAAAAUUUCCUCCCUAGAAUGGCUCAUCUUCUACCCAGAUCAGCGAGGUGAGCUUCUCUGGCAGGCGAACGGUUUGGUUCGUGCUUUCCUAGCAAAACGUAACGUAGAAGCAGCUCGGAAAGCGUUUGCCAUGGUUCCAGUGGACACCAUUCAGCAGAUAAUCAACAACUACGGCUCGAAAGAUGACCUCCCACGGAAGGAAGAAGCCAGCAUCAAGGAGUAUCUUUGUCAUCAGACGUACCUGGCGGCGAUCGACGGUUACAACGAUUGGGUCGAGUAUUACUAUAACAUGAAGCCGAAGGCACCACAGCUGGUCAAGUCCAACAACUUCACGGAGCGGGUGGCUUCGGAACAUCGCGAGCAAACCUACCGGAUGGAUGUGGAGCGCUGGAACGCGCAGCUUCAGGAGCAAACCACGGUCACUCGGGACCUGCUGUACAACAUCUUGCUCUUUCCCGAAAAAGGGUGGCUCAUCGAUCCGGAUUUCGACGGUAAAGAAGAUGGUCAGGACGAGGAAGACUGGCUCAAUCGAGCGGUGCAGAUGGAGAGUCUGCGAAAGCUGUGCAUUCCCGACGUGGUGCUUCUGCUGCACCAGAUCUUCACCCUUUCUGGGCGGUUUAGCGAAAGUUUGCAGCUAGCGGACGUCAUCAGUUCCGAGCAGCGGCAGCUUUACAGCGUUUACUCGAAGUACAAGUUGGCGGAAGUUAUGACAAAAAUUGCCGAGUCUUCGCUGGCGCUGAUGAACAAGAAACUGGAUCCGUUUGUAGGGGAUGAAGGCAAGAAAAAGUAGGGUUUGUUGGUAUCAGACAGCAGUAUGGUAAGUAGGUCGUUUUCUUAAUGUAAGUCGUUUGUGUUUAAAAUAAAUACUUCCAAACUAGA